GCCAGCUCCCUCUAUCAUAAUAAAUGUCUCUCUUCUUUAUUUUACAAACAAAAAAAGAGGAAGAAUAUCUAUCUUAUAAAUAAAGAAUUAAACUUUAAAGACUCUGUUUGGUCUACUCUUCUCUGCCUGCCACUGCCACUGUCACUCCGCUCCCUCUCUCUCUCUCUUAAACAAAACUUUUCCUUUUUCUCUAUUUCUUGCGCUCUUCUCUCUUCUAUUCUGAUUGUUUGUUUUGGUAUCGCACCAAAUUCAAAAAGGAAAUCAGCAACUUCAUUUACACUUGUGGAUCUUCUUAUCAUUGUAGCGUUUUUCAAAUACCAUUAUGAAGAGACUUGCUUGUUGUCGUCGCCGGAACAAGGAAAUCAGCAUCGACUUGGAUGAACCAGACAGGGUGACAACCUACGACGGCCUUGAGAGCAUAUUAAACAGCUGCCGUUAUGAGAAUGAGAGUGGCACAAGCGGAGGUGAGGGUUGUGUUACUGACUCUGUAGAUGAAGAUGAUUCGAUUUUUUCUUCGAGCAAAGAUGCACUUGGAUCAUUCUCUUCGCAAUGGCUAGUGAAGAAGCGAGAUGGGCGCCAAGGUAAAUGCUUGGAGGAUGUUUCAAGGAGUCCAGAACAUUUUUACACCAAAGAAAAAGUGAAGACCACCAUUCAAUUUGCUGAUGUGGAAACCAUGAAAGAGAGGUUUGCAAAACUACUGCUGGGAGAAGAUAUUAGUGGAGGACGGAGAGGCAUAUGCACCGCAUUGGCAUUAACGAAUGCUAUAACAACUCUUGCAGCAUCCGUCUUUGGAGAGCUGUGGAAAUUGGAACCACUGCCAGAAGAAACAAAGAGUAGAUGGCGAGGAGAGAUGGACUGGCUACUCUCCCCCGCCAACUAUAUGGUCGAGCUUGUUCCUGCGAAGCAAAAUGGCGCGAAUGGACGGACUUUAGAGAUAAUGACACCUAUUAUACGGGCGGACAUUCACAUGAAUCUUCCUGCACUUCAAAAGCUAGACUCCAUGCUUAUUGAAUCACUGGAUUCAACGGGGAAAACUGAAUUCUGGUAUGCAGAAGGAGGGAGCAGAGUAGAAGGAAGAAAUGGAAGUGCAAGGCAAAGUAAGAGGUGGUGGUUUCCAUCUCCUCGGGUCCCAAUGGAGGGGCUGUCUGUAUCUGGGAGGAAGAAGCUGCUUCAUCAAGGUAAGAUGGUGCAUCAAGUAUUCAAGGCGGCCAAGUCCAUCAACAAUGGUAUCUUACUGGAAAUGCAUGUUCCAGAUACUAUCAAAGAAGCUCUUCCGAAGUCUGGAAAGGUGAACCUAGGUGAACAACUCUACAGCGUGUUGACCGAACUGAGUUCUGAAGAAGCGAUGCUCGCUUCUCUUAAUCUGAAUAAUGAACACACGGCUCUUCAGACCAUGAAUCAGUUAGAAGCUGCUAUUUUCGCAUGGAAGCACAGAAUAUCUGAUCAAGUCAAUGGUAAAUCUCCAGUUCGGAACUCAUGGUCUUUGAUAAAAGACCCCAACUCUGAUCUAGAUAAAACCGAGCUACUGUUGGGAAGAGCUGAAAUCCUGCUUCAGCUGUUGAAGCUUAGAUUUCCGAACCUGCCUCACACUUUCCUCGAUGUCACCAAAAUCCAAUACAACAAGGACGUUGGGCAUUCAAUUCUGGAAUCUUAUUCAAGAGUUAUUGGGAACUUAGCAUUUAGCAUCCUCUCUAGGAUAAAAGACAUUUUGCAAGAAGACGAUUUGAGCAAACCAAAUUCUCCUGUUUCAAGUAGUUGCUUUUCUGGAUCAACUCUGAGCGGUAUAUCUGAAUUUUCAAGUGCAAGCAAACGUGAACAGUUCUCACUUAUUGAUCAAAUGAAGAUGGUUGAUGGGCAAUCUUGUGGCCAUUCCAGCACAAGUAAAGCUUCUGAAAUAGAUUUCUCUGAUAGUGAAGCUAAAACUAGCUCGGUUGCUUCUACGCCAUGUAGGAGCCAUGUUUGAUGUAUUAGUAGAGAAGCUUGUCGCAGUGUUUCACCUCCACUCUCACCAUAGUUGGAGUACUCACAGCUUCUCAAAAAGAUGAAAUAGUUAUCUUUUUUUUUGUAAAUGAAAUCCAAAUAUUGGUUACCAAUCUCUAUAAUUUUCAUUUAUAGUUUUUCCAAUUUCUGUAAAGAUACUUUAGGUCAAUGUCUGCUAUUAUUGACCUAAAGUGUCGCUAUAGUCAUAUAUAUUAUAGAUCGAAUGUAUUAAGUUUACAUUGACACAAGAUUUGGCUA